GAUUUCAAUACUCAGAUGUGUGCUCACCCGUCGUGUGCUUCAGAUGAUGUUGUGACGUACGAGCAGCUGAAGGAAAUGAUGUCCACCGGAAGCGUCCAGCUCUUCGAUGUUCGUGAACCAGAGGAACUGGAAGCAGGAUUUAUUCCAGGAGCCACUAACAUUCCCUUGGGAGACGUGGAGCAGGCCCUCAGACUGAACCCACAUCAGUUUAGAGAGCGCUACGGCGUCCCAAAGCCUGGUUUAGAGGACUCAGACUUUGUGCUGUACUGCCAGAGGGGCGUCCGCAGCCUCACCGCGCUGGAGACCGCAAAAGAUCUGGGAUACAGCAAAGCCCGUCAUUAUGCUGGAGGAUACAACGAGUGGAUUCAGCUGGAACCUCAGUAAACAAAGCUUAUCUCCGCGCUGUGAAGGACCGUGAAGACCAUGACUGAAAAGUAUACAGCGCUUGACUGUUAAAAUGACAACACAGACCAAAAAUGUAUUAUUCAUAAUAUCCCAGAUGUGUCUAUAUAUUUUUGGUAAAGAAAUAAAAUAAAAUAAUAAUAAA